CAUUGUCAUGGAGAAAUAUUGCGUCUCUUGUCACAUGAAGGUAAUAUUUUGAAGGAGAAACGAUUUAAGGAAUUUUAUAAAGUUGACUAAUAGAAGUUUGACAGAAGUCAGUCUUGUAGGUUCGAUUCCCACCGUGGUCAGGCAUAUUUUUCAAGCUUGCCCGGUGUGGAUAUACACUCAGAGUAAAAUCACAAGCAUCAUAGUCACCUGAUUACAUUCACACCAACACAGAAAAGAAGUUAGUCUGUUAGAAACAUGGAAUGAGUAUAGUUUCAUUUUAUAAACUAGGCAUCAACAUUUGAUACGUCAAAUGAAAUCUGAGAAUCGUAAGGUUUUGCAAGUUCUAGAUUUUUAGUCUUUCAGAGCAGUUCAGGAUUUAAUUGACUAUGCUGUAAUAAGGCUCUGGCGCGCUCUGUCCAACUGGCAGUGAGUUAUUGUAAUAAGAGUAUGGAGCUCUAGUUCACCUCUCCUUGUUUUCUUUAAUAAUAACGCGUGAUUUGAACAUCCACAACGUUCUAACAAGGAAACUGAGUACUGGCUGAACGCUCAAUGCAACCUGUUCUAGAAGUAUUGGCGAAGCGUUGAUAUUCUUCACAGUAUAAGACUGCAAAGAUUCAAUUUCAGCAAUAUACUUCACAGGUCUUAUUCAACAGAAUUAUCAAAUAAAACAGCUCCGCUGUUUUGCAGCUUUGCGUGAGCCCCUCGAUGAGCGCUUUUCCGCUCUUGGGUAAACGCUAAGAUUAAAUAAAUACGUUUAUACAAUGUUCCUCAAUAAAAUACAAAACACGUGUAACUCCAAAGAUCGAUACGAUAAAAAAAAUACGCAGUGGUUCUAAAAAUUUUAGGUUUAUGUUUCUCAAAGUUCUGUUUGAUCACCCAUUCCAUGUAGUUAGCAUAAGUUUAUCAAGUGACACUAAUAAUAUUUUUUCUGUCUUAGAUUGAAGAGAACAGUUAUGCCUGCAAGUGUGGACAUGUUCAUGAGACUGAGAGAAAGUGGAUCAGAGGCAAAAGAUAUUCAGGUAGGAAGUCAAUUACAAUCACAGAAUGCCUCGAGCCAAAACGUGAUUUAGAAAAUCCAAUGAGUCAUUCCAGAAAUGACCCCCACUCCCCCAAUUGAAGAAAUUUCUCCAAUCUGGUUGAAUUGUCUGGCCAUCUGGGGUCAUGGUCCCCCACAAUUUUUUUCUAUUUUUAGGGUCUGUGAAAUACCAUUUUCACACAUUUUGUGAUGAUUUGUGUGUGUGUGUGUGGGGGGGAUGGGGUCCGACCCAUGGCUACUGGCUUAUGCCUCUGCUCACAAUUUCUUCUGUGGGUAUGGAUGUUUUCUGGAAUGACCAACUGGAUAAUGGCAUAAUUACAAGAUGUCAAAUGGGGGAGGGGACUUAACUUCCUAAUUUAUGACCAUGAAAGGUAUGGAUGUUUUCAGUGGAUUAUGACCAAUUCAAUUUCAAUUUGACUCCAUUGCAGUUUACAGAGAAGAACUUUACUCCAAACUGACAGUGCAAGAAUUACAACAGAAGUACAAGACACCAAAAACCAAAUCUGGAAUGCAGGUGAGAAUAUUUGGUAAAUCAAAUCUGGAUGGUCUAAUUAAAACUUCCAGUGUAAAUUAUUGCCUCAAAAGGUUAGGAAUUAACCUGCUCUGUUAACUGUUUGACUAAAAGAUUACUCCAUAUACACAGGAUUUUUCACCAGGGGGGGGCAGAAAUACCUACAUGCCAAAAUAAUUAGUACCCAAUUAUGAACAAGAUUAUUAAGCACCAUUUGGCUUUUUGAUGUAUAAGAUAUGAUAAAAUUAAUAAGUUAAAUUGUCCUGAUACGGGGAGGGGGGGAGAGGGCCGGUUGGGUGUGAGAAAGUCAUUUUUCAAAGCAUUACUCAAUUUGAGUCAUGCAAAUCUAAAAUCCCAAGCAGGGGCGAAACUUGAGAGGGUUAUGGGGGGGGGGGGUGACCCCCCAAAAUACAAAUCAUUUGGAUUGGCAUGGCAAUUAAAGAUUUUAAAUGAUAGAAUGUAGAGUUAUUAAGUAACUUACAGGGUUUUCAGAGGGAAUUGAAUAGAAUUUAUAGACCUAAAUUUUACAGAUAUUGGUCUAAAAAUAAGGGUUUCACACAUGUUUUUUAACAGGAAUGUGUACGGAAAAAUUUGUUUUACCCUUAAUUUAACUGGUUUAUGUCUGGAAAAAAUUUUCGACCCUUUUUUUUUAAUGCCCGGGAAAAUUUGCCUCAAGGUAUGUCACUCUUUUGGCUUUUUCAAGCCUGUAUGGAGUGGGUCUUAGUAGCUACAUGGAUAAUAAAAUAAAUUUAUUUUAUUAUCCAUGGUAGGUAAAAGCAUUGUUUUGACAUUUUGCAUCAGAACUGCAAUAUGGAUGUGGCUCCUGAGUGCCAACAUAGUCACUGAUAGGAAUAGUAAACACUAAACAGGCUCACAUUUCACUUUUUUUUUAAACACACAAAGAAACACGGGAACCAUUUUACAUUUUUAGUCACAUGUGGUUUUAAAGAAAGCGGCAGUCUUUUUUUGAGGAAAUUGCCGAAUGUUUACGCGGGAAUAAAAGCUACAGCGUGUCAAAUACACAUGAAUUCUAUAGAAAUAUACAGCUCUUUCAUCAAAAUCUUUCAACCAGACACGCGGUAAAAAUGAUGACGUCAAAAACAAUACCAAAAUAUUUUCUAUUCAAGCUUCUGUCUACUAUAACUAAAUAAACACGUUAAAAAACUCACCAAAUAAUAGUUUUACACCCAAACAAUACUUUUAUGCUUCUUCUUUUGCAGACACACAAAAUAUCUCCCAAAAAACGAACAAGAAAGUCAAAAUUUGUGAAGUUACCAAAAAGACGCAAAAACCAAUAUGGCGGCAAGCCAAGACACGUCUACGAUACGUCAGCGGAUGCAGGUCAUUCUCAUAAAAAUUCUGAGAAAUUUGGAGAUAAUUCUGAAAAUUUCUGCCCAACAAGAUGGAACUUUGAAUUCGCUUUAGAAGAUAUAAACAGACGAUUUUUGAAGCAAAGUUUAUUUUGGAUUAGAUUAUAGAAAGGCGAGAUUAUAUUCUAAAAAAUGUCCAAGAGAUUGGGGCCAGAAAACGGUUCAUUCAUGUGUUGAAAAACAGAGCCGUUUAGCCGAGUGUUUUUAAUAGCAACACCGAAAAUGGGUGCAGUUAUCAGAACGACAAAAGAACUAUGUUAAAGCUUCAUUAUGUGUAGUAGUCUUGUAUAGUUUAAAGCAAACUGAAUAAAGUUGAGAGAUUCAGUUUAAUUACAUGUAGCCUUUCUCACGAUGACGAAUAUCCGCCAUUUUUGGGUGGCAUCUAAUUCUCGUCACCAAUGCAGACAAUUAAAACAAUAUGAAAAGCAAUUUUUCAAAAUAAACUAACCAUUUACAAAGUAAAUUUACCAUCAUUCGUCAAAAAAAUUAUAAAAAGUCGCUGUUAUGUGGACUUGUCUCGCAGACUUCGGCUGAAAUGCCACCCAAAAAUGGCGGCAUGAGAAAGGCUAAUUUGUUCGCUUCAUUUCAAUAUCGGUAAACAUUUCCAAGGUAUGUAACGUUUACUUGGAAAUAAGGAUGGAUAUUGAGCUAUGUUUGUAUAAAUAUAGUUUAAACCUGUCAUAGGCGUCGAAAGAUCGAUAAGGUGGGGACCAUACUCAUAUAUUCGUGUUCUGCAUUAUUAAUUUAUUUAGCUUUUCUUUUGAAAUCGAUUGUUUUUAAGGUCUGUGAACACGAAUAUAUGAAUAUGGUCCCCCCACUUAUCGAUCUUUCGACGCCUAUGAAACCUGUCACGUUUUAGGGGGAGUUACUACUGUUUAGACUUCUGUAAUUUUGUAUUCUUUUGUAUUUUAAACUUAACCCUAAACCUAACCCUUACAGGCUUACUCUAAUACUGACCCUAAUCUUAAAUUAAUCCUUUCCCUAAUAUACUAGAACUGUCUGUACCAGUGUAGGUAGUACCAAUGUAAAAAUGCUGUGCUGAGUGGUUAUAUUACUACCUUAAAAAAUAAGCAGAAACUCGACGUUUCGAGCGAAGGCCCUUCGUCAAGAGUUAGUAGCCCUAAUACUAACUCUAAAAGUCUAAAAAUAGUAACUCCCCCUAAAACGUGACUCAGUUUGCCUUCAAUGGUUUUACCCACAUCUGUUGCUUGGUAACGCUUACAAAAAAACAAAAAAAUCAAAAUUAUACAAUUGAUACGAAGGAUUCAAUUAAACUCAAGUAUAUAGAUAAUUUUACUUUGGUAUAUACAGUAUUUUAUUAUUAAAAUAGGUUGAAAUACGAGUACAAAGUAUUCUACAAAGAAUGUAGGCCAGAAUUUUAGGUACACUGGUAUAUUAAAGCCAGUAUUACCGUGUAUAUUGAUAUUGUAGUAACAUUAAUCAGCGUUUUUAACGACUUUUAUUGUACACCACUUUGUUAUCUUUUGUGUACGCAGGGAUUAACUUUGACACCGAAAUAUCAAACCUGCUUUGUUAUGUUCGGGCUUGUCGCCUCUCUAUGAGAGCGGCGUUUGUCUCGAAAGAAUGUGGGAAUAAUUAGCGAAAAAAAUCAGUUGUGGUUUGUUGUCUAUUUUAAUAACACAUUGUUUUGUGAGUGGG